AUGUCGACUGUAAUAGUCAAGCUUGGAGGCGCCGCCAUCACCGACAAGUCGGUCCCAGACACGCUAUCCGACAAUAUCGAGAACCUGGUUGACAGUGUCGCGCACGCCUAUCAUCAAAUACUGCGCCCGGACGGCCGCCGUAUGAUCCUCAUCCACGGUGCGGGCAGUUUUGGACACCCACCCGCGAAGAAGUACCAGGUCAAGGCAGGGUGGAGUGCAAGGCUGGCUGGCUGCGGCGAUGCCGAACGUGACCGCGACAGUGUCAAGUUUGGCAUGGCACUGACCAGGCAGCGCGUGCUGCAGUUGCAUCUCCACGUCAUUCAGCGCCUGCAUGAGCGGGACCGCAUGCCCGUUCUGUCCGUAUCGACCUACGACACCGUAGAAACGGACGACGGAGCCACGACGGAGGACUCCAUCACCCGGCUAGUGGCGCGCGUGCGCCAGGUGCUGGACGCAGGCUUCGUGCCGCUGUUGUUUGGUGACGCCGUGUUCGAUCGUGUGCUAGGUUCGACGAUCUUGUCCGGGGACGCUCUCAUGUACCACCUCGCCGGCCGCCUCUCCGCCGUGCGGCGCUGCGUAUUCGUCACCGACGUGGCCGGCAUCUUCACGCAAGACCCGAAGCGCUUCCCGGAUGCUACGCUGAUCAUGAGGAUGCGCUGCAGCGAGGCAGGUGACGGCGGCGCAAUCGAGAAAGACGACGAGGCGGCGGCGAGCGUGGACGACGUUACGGGUGCGAUGCGGAGCAAGUGGCAGUGGGCGAAGCGCAUCGUGACGGAUGCCAGGCAGGUACAGGAAGUGGUCAUUUGUCAGGCGUCACAUUCAUCGAGGGCUAUUAGCUACGAAGGCAGCGAUGGAGGUGAAGCUGUUGCUACCGCUACUAACUGGACCGUCAUUGUUCGAUAA